AUGACCCAGCUACAGACACUACUGGAAGAGCAAACUGCCAAUCUCCAGACAAUUAGAACCGAAUAUGAACAUAACCUCAAACAUUUCUACUCAAUGAAAGCAAAGGAAUACGUUCUAGGGCUGCACAUUGAAACCUGGAAGCAACUGUGCCAAAAGCAGGACGCAGAACUGGUCGCCCAGCAGAGGGAAGCUGCUGCAACUCGAACUGAAAUUUGGAACGAACGGGAAGCAUUCUGCACCGUUUCGUCACAGUUCGCAAAUGAUUUCUCACUUGACAAUACGUUAGCUGCUUUGCAGCGUGUUGACCACGUGGGCGAUACUCCUGCUGAACCGGCGCAUUGUGAUCCGAAUAAACCUGAUGCGGUAGCAAGUCCGCAUUCUUCCAAAAUGGAAGAAAUCGAACAGGAAAUUCAGCGGCUGAGGGAAAAGGAAGCAGAAUUGAAUCGGAUGGAGCAGGAGAUGGUACCGGACGAGGAAACUAUUCGACUGCUGCAGGAGGCUGUUAAUAAAUCGGCUAUUAACUUAGAGGAACUGGAAGCGGGUAUCCAAACGUUGGACGACAAUGAGCUUCCGAGUCAGGACGAUGAAGUUCGUAGGGUUAAGUCGAUCUUAAAGAGACCAUCCUUUGUUGUACCGGAUGUCGAUCGGAAGCAAGUUCGGUUUGAAUAA